UAACAAGAGCAUUGUAUAUAGUUAAGACCUGAUAAGAAGGUAGUUGUGUACGAAUAACUGAGGUUACUGAUCUACAUCUAUUUGGGGGAAAAAAGGACAUAUUUUUCUUCUUCGUGAACGAAUGCUGCAGGAACAGACUCUUCAAAUAAAUAUAUGGAGGAAACUGAAAGUGCAAAAGUCUAUCAAGAUGAUCUGCAUUCAAGAACUGCGAGUCUCAGUGAUGAAGAUUCACCAACUACCGCUGUUGAAAAUGCAUCAUUGCUGUACUAUCUUUUUCUUCAUUAUCACUGCAAAUGUAACAUGGAUGUUAUCAAAAUGUGUAGACAUGCUUCUUCUUUUUAUGAUGACAUCGUUAAAUUGAUGCCAUUCGAAACUAUAAAUCACAUAGUAGGUAGUGCUGCUGAAGGGUUGUUAAUAUCUGGAAUCAGUGAUUUUGAUUGUAUGGUAAGCGAUAAAUCAGAAAUCUGUUGUGACGAGGAUUGUAUAGAGGAUAUCAAUCACACUGACUAUAGCAAGGUAUUAAUUGCACAUAGACGACAUGCAUCUCCUGGGUAUACUCUGGUGCUAGACUUAAAUGACUAUUUUGUAAAUGACGUUAGUAUAAGUAAAACGUAUGGAGAAUUAAGAACUGAAAUAAACGAACUUGUUGCAGCCAGAAAGGUCCAGACUAUUGCUUUGAGCGGUAAAGAUUACAUAGAACAAUAUGUCUUCUUUAAAGGAAUCCCCACUCAUGGCCCAGCCAAUUGUUUGAAACUUUCUGAAAUGAAUGUUCCAUUAAUGACACAGAUGUUUUCUGACCUAAUGACAGGAGAAGAUUGUGUUACUGCAAUUUCAUUUAUAUGCAACGACAUUCUCCGUAAUUGGUUAAAUCGGAAGCGAAUCCAGGGGUGGCCAUCAGAAGUACUAAAACGACAAAUAAGCGAAACGCAAAGUCAUGUUGUUCCUGUAGGAAGGAAAGGCAGUAAGUUUGAAAAAUUUGAAUGGCGAAUUUGUUACACGGAAGCUGAAAUCAAACUUGUACAUUCUCUGAAUAAAGUACAAUUGAUGUUGUAUUUCAAACUGAAAUGUUUUUCAAAAGCAGUUUUGAAAGAUGUGUGUUCCGAUAUAACAUCAUACAUUAUCAAAAAUGUAAUAUUUUGGUUAGCAGAAUCAGUUCCAAAUAAGUACUUUCAGUGCAAAUACUUCAUACCUCUUUUCAGAGCUACACUGGUUUGUUUAAGAAAGUGUGUUAAAAAUAGAUAUCUGCCAAACUACAUGAUUCCAGAAAGAAAUUUGUUUGAUGGAAAACUUGAAAGUAAGGAACAAGCAGCACUGGUUGAAGUAAUGUCUUACUGGAUUGAAAAGUGUCCUAUCCUAGAAGGAGAAAAGGACCUUCUUCCAUUAUAUAAAGAUGUUGUAUCACGAAAGACCGACAAAUAUUUAGUCCUGCAAGUUAAACUAAAUGAUGACAUGAAAAAGGUAUCUAAAUUGUAUAACUAUUGUUUAUCUGAAAUGAGAGAACUGGUACAAAGUGAUGACCUUGACACCAUUCUUGCAGAUACACGGAGAUUACUCGGCUACACGGACACAGAAACGUGUGAUUUAUUCAAAUUGGAUAUUGAUGAGAAUGACAUGUCUUGGUACGGAUGUUUGAAGGCGAUCUCCAAUACGAAGAUUUUCAAGGUUCUCACUAGUAUUUCUCACAUUUUAUUGCACGGCAAGCCUUUAAAAUCCAAAAUCGAUGAAAAAUCGAUGAAAGAACCUGAAUUGGACUAACGUGUUUUCUAGAAGAAUUAGAGUACAUGUAGAAGGCGACAUUAAAUUGACUGUAUACAAGUAGAUUUAAAUCGGAAUACAUGUAGAUUCUUGACUCAGGUCAUACAAGACAUACAGUUUUAGUUGCAGCAGCUAAAUGUUAUAUUGUAAUACCAUAAGUAUAAAUUCAUGAUCAGUGAUACCAUAUUUUCAGUGACAUAUUGAACUUAGAAAAACAAUGUAUUCGUAUAAUUUCAGUUUUUCUAAGCAAACUGCUAGCUAAACAGAUUAACCAUUAUGUUUGAAAUUGUGUGUCAUUAUAACACAAAGUUCAUAGAAGCAAAGAAAGAAAAGUGAAUGUCAGUAUGAUUUGUUAAAUAUUUUUUACAACUUGACAGCCUUG